UCACAGGUUUACAUUCUAUAAUAUUCUACAGUUUAAUUUAGAGUUUUGCAGUUAUGUAUUAGCUCUCUUAUCGUAUGGUAUAUAAUGGAGAAAAAAAAAUUUACGAAUAAAGUAAUAAAAAAAAAAAAGGACAAAAAAAUGGAAAAUAUUAAUAAUAAAACAUCAAAAAGAAUUAUAUCUUUAGGGAUCAAUAUUUAAAUAAUUGAAAUGUAUUUAUGAAAUGUAUUAUAAUUGAAAUGUAUACAUGAAUCGCUAGAAGUGAAAUUAGAUUGCAGUUUUAAUAAUAAUUAAAAAAUUCAAAAGUAAUCAAAAAUGUUGGAAAAUAUUUUAAUAAUAUGGAAUAGCUAAAAGAUUAUUUUAAUAAUAACAUAUAUAAAUUCUAAUUUAAAAUCUACUAUCAAUCUAUGUGAAAAAUCAAGUUACUAUUGAAAAUAAUCACGUGAGUUAUGUAAAAAAUAUAUAACAAAAAAUUAAUCAUUCUUAUAUUGCACAAAAAAUAAGGCUUUGCAAUAAAAUGGAAUUAUAUUUAAUCAAAAAAAUUAACAAACUUUGCAAAAUAUUAAUAUUGGUAAAUAUUACAAAAGUAAGAAAAACUAAUGCUAAUCAUAUAAUAAAUAAAGCUAUAAAAAAAAAUAUUUUUGAAUAGAAAAAAAUCAUUAAAUUUCAAUUUUCCUGCUGAUGAAAUUGAACUAAUACCUAUACUUCAAGAAUAGAAAGAAGUAAUAGUAAAAUCUUAAAAUUGCCAAAAAAAUAUUACAUUGCUUAAGAAGAAAAAUUAAAAAUUAUAUAUAUAAAUAUUGGAGAUAAGAUAUAAAUUUAAAAAAAUUAAAAAAAAAUAAUUAUAUUGAAUAUUGAAAGGAAAAAAAAAAACAUUAAAUAAUAGCAUAAAAAGAUUAUUAACAGAAGAGAUUUUCAAAUUUUUCAUGAAUCUAUUUUAUAAUAAUUAAAAAUUCAGAGAUAAACAAUAAAAUAAAUAUAUCAAAAAUUAAUAUUCAUGCCAUAAAGUUAAUAAAAAUAUAUUUUACAAAAACUUCAAAUAUAAAAUAAAAUAAUGAAAAAUUUUAUUAAUAUCUUAGAUUUAUAAUUAUAAUUGUCAAAUUUUAUAUUAAUACUUCAAAUAUAGAAAUAUUUAUAUUCACAUUUCUAACUAAAUAAUUUUUAGUUAAAUACAACUAAAUUAUUUAAUAAGAAUCUUCACUUUAUAAUUCAAGAAGAAAUAUUAUUAUGUUAUAAAUAUCAUUAUAUUUACAAUUCAGAGAAUUAAAAUUAGAAUACUUCUCAAUAUAUAUAACAUUAAGAUACUACUGCUGAUUUGUUUCAUGUUCAUGUUUAUUUGAAAAAAAUUCCUUGGUUAAAUUGGUUAAAGAGCAAGAAUUUUACUAAUAGAUCAUCAGAACAUGAGACACAAAAUCUUAUAGGAUAAUAAAUCUAUUUUAUAUCUUGUUUAUGGUUAUGUAGCCCGUCUUAAAUUAAACAAUAUUAAUAAAAGGAACACUUUAAAAAUGAGUGAAAGUGAAAAUUUUAUUAAAAAAGGCACCACUCUUUUUACUGCUAAACCAUUUGCUUAUGUCCUUUAUUCAAAAUAUAGAAAUGAACGAUGUGAUUAUUGUUUUAAAAGUGGAAAACUUUUUAGAUGUUCUGUUUGUAAAUGUAUUUAUUACUGUAAUCAAUCUUGUCAACAAAUGUCUUGGACUAUACAUAGUAAAGAAUGUGCAAGCUUAAAAAGAUUUUCAUCAAAAGUUAUACCAGAUGUUGCAAGAUUAAUGGCACGUAUAAUUAUAAAAUUAAAUCAAGGUGGAGGUGAAGAAAUAGGAUAUUAUAGUAAAACUAAAUAUAGGAAAUUUAAGGACUUAAUGUCUCAUUAUUCUGAUAUAAAAAAAGAUGAAAAAAAAAUGGAACAUUUUGUAUGUGUAUGUGGUGUUUUAUAUGAAUUUCUUGGAGAUAUGUCUAUACCAAAUUCUGCAGAAUUAAUGGGUAUUUAUGGCAGAAUUUAUAUUAAUUCUUUUAAUAUAUCUGAUUUGGAUAUGAAUAAUAUUGGUGCUGGUAUUUAUUUGGGACCUUCUAUUUUGGACCAUAGUUGCAAACCUAAUGCUGUAGCAACCUUUGAGGGGACAACUAUAAUUAUUAGAACAACAGAAGAUCUUCCUUGUUUAGAUUUAUCUCAGAUAAGAAUAUCAUACAUUGAUGUAAUUAAAACAACAAAAGACAGACGUGAAGAACUACAAAGUUCAUAUUAUUUUUGGUGUAAUUGUAAAAAAUGUGAAGAAUCAGAACCAAUGGUGGAAGCAGCAGCAUGUCCAAAUAAAUUUUGUACAUAUCCUUGUUCUCUUGAUGCUGAUAUGUGUGAAAAUUGUAAUACAAAAUUCCCUGAAAAUUUUAAGGAGACUUUUUAUGAAAUAUCUGAUUUGACUGCAUAUCAUUUGCAAAACAUGAAAAAUAUUGCCUAUUUGGAUGUAAGCACAAUGUGUCUAAAAAAACAAGAAGGUGUUUUACACCCUCUUAAUAUACAGCAUGUACAAACUUUACAAAGUGCUUUUGAUUCCUCUCUAACUUUGCAACAUUGGGAGGAAGCUGAAUCUUAUGCUAAGAGACUUAUUAAUGGCUAUUUGACAUACUAUGGAGAAUUUCAUCCAUCAACUGGAAUCUUAUAUUUAUCAAUAGGAAAACUUCAGGUAUAUUUAAAAAAGCUAAAACAAGCUAUUGAAACAUUAAGAAAAGCUAGUGCAAUAUUAACAAUAACACAUGGAGAACAACAUACUGUAAUUGAACAUAAUUUGAAACCACUUCUUUACCAAGCCACUGUAGAAGAAUUCAAUGAAUCAUAAUAUUUCUUAUGAAUAAUUUAUAAUUGUAUGUAAUUUGCUAAUAGUGUACAAUUUAUAAUAAAUAAUUUUAGUAUAUAUA